UUAAGCCUCCACACGUCCCGCCAGCAGGAAGGCUGUCCCACUUUGCGUGAGGCUCCUUCCUCACAGCCUGGAAAGGAAUUGUUGAAUUGGUCCUUUCGCAGUGACUUGACUGCAAACCCCCACCCGAGGGUCCCGGCGACACCAUGCCUGGCGACGGACUGACCAUCAAGAGUCGCAUCCGAAAGCUGCUGAGCUCGCCGUCGGCCAAACCCGGGAAGGAGCGCAGGGACAACCUGGCCAGCAAGGUGACAUUAGAAAAGGUUCUGGGUAUCACCGCUUUGGGCAACAGCUGCCUAGCCUGCGACCCCAAAACUGGACUGGUGGCCUAUCCUGCAGGGUGCGUUGUGGUAUUGCUGAACCCCAGAAAGAACAGACAGCAGCACCUCAUCAACACGUCAAGAAAGACCAUCACGGCUCUGUCCUUCUCCCAGGAUGGCAAAUACUUGGUCACAGGCGAGAGCGGCCACCUUCCCGCCGUGCGACUGUGGGACGUGUCGGAGUGCCGGCUGGUGUCCGAGCUCCAAAAGCACGAGUACGGCGUCUCCUGCGUGGCCUUUUCGCCCGACGGCAAGUACAUCGUCAGCGUGGGCAACCAGCACGACAUGAUGGUCAACGUCUGGGCCUGGAAAAAGGAUGUGGUCAUAGCCGCCAACAAGGUGUCCAGCAAGGUAACGGGAGUGUCUUUCUCUGAGGACAGCUCCUACUUUGUUACGGUGGGCAACAGACAUGUCAAGUUCUGGUAUCUGGACCACUGCAAGGCCAGUAAGGCCAGCGCCCCGGUGCCUCUGCUGGGCCGUUCGGGUCUACCGGGCGAGCUGAGGAACAACUUCUUCUGCGACGUGGCCUGUGGGCGAGGCCAAAAGGCCGACUCCACCUUCUGCGUCACGUUCUCCGGCCUGCUCUGCGAGUUCAAUGGCAACAGGAUGCUGGACAAGUGGGUGGACCUGCAGACCAGCAUGGCCCAGUCUCUGUCUCUGUCCUCGGAGCGCAUCUUCUGCAGUUGUGCCGACGGAACGGUGCGAGUCUUCAGCCCGCUCGACCUGCGUUUCGUCUGCACGCUGCCUCGGCCGCACCCGCUCGGAGCAGACGUCGCGUCCGUCACCCAAGCCAGUCAUUUACUUUGCAGCAGGACGGACGCCCGCUACCCGGACGCCACGGCCGUGACCUAUGACCCCGUCAGCCGCUGGCUGAGCUGCGUGUACGCCGACCACAGCGUGUUCGUGUGGGACGUCGCCGACCUCACCCGGGUGGCCAAGGUCCACUCGGCCCUCUUCCACGCAGCCUGUGUCUGGGACCUCGAAAUGGUUCCGGAUUUUCCUGAGGAGAUGGCGGCGAGUCUGUCGCCCGGCGCCUUCCUCAGCUGCUCGUCCGACAGCACCAUCAGACUUUGGCACCCGGACGAACGCACCGCUGUUCAUUCUCGGAACAUCCUCAGCACCGACCUCCUCAAGAUCAUCUACACGGGCGCGAGCACGGCCGCCUUGCAGGAAACAGAGAAUCUGACCAAAGCGGAUAAACCUGCGGACGGACAGCCGGCGGAAAGCAGGACCGGCAUCCGCACCAUCUGCGUCAGCCCGGACGGGAAACACUUAGCGUCUGGAGACCGAAACGGAAUCCUCAGAGUUCACAACCUCAGCAGCAUGGAAGAGAUUCUGAAAGUGGAAGCUCACGACGCGGAAAUCCUCUGCCUGGAGUACAGCAAGCCACAAACAGGUCUGCAGCUUCUGGCCACGGCGAGCAGAGAUCGUCUGAUUCACGUGCUGGACGCCGCGUCCGACUACGGCCUGGUGCAAACGCUGGACGAGCACUCGUCGUCCAUCACGGCCGUACGCUUCGCCGCCAAUGACGGCAAAGUGAGGUUGAUCAGUUGUGGGGCGGAUAAAAGCAUCUAUUUCCGCACCGCGCACACGAGCAACAGAGGAACAGAGUUCCGGCGUUCUCACCACACGGUGAGGAAGACCACGCUUUACGACAUGGGCGUGGACCCCAGCUGCAAGCACGUGGCGGUGGGCUGCCAGGACCGCUGCAUCAGGAUUUUCAACGUCAGCAAUGGCAAACAAAAGAAACUGUACAAGGGAUCGCUCAGCGACGACGGCAGCCUGCUCAGGGUUCAGAUCGAUCCGUCUGGUCAGUACGUGGCUGCCAGCUGCUCCAACAAAAACAUCAGCAUCUUUGAUUUCUACACCGGAGAGUGUGUUGCCACCAUGUUUGGACAUUCUGAGAUCGUGACCGGUCUGCGGUUCACCAACGACUGCAAGCAUUUGAUCAGCGUGUCAGGCGACAGUUGCAUCUUUGUGUGGCGUCUGGCUCCAGAGCUGACCAUCAGCAUGCGACAGAAGCUCUUUCAUCUCCGACAGCCUCUCAAGAGCGCCGCCUUCAGCGCUCCCGCCCCGAGGGGCCUCUCCUCAGACAGCGAGCGCGACGACGACGACGACGUGACCCGCCGAAACUCCGGCGACCGCGAAGACGACUCCAGCAACAGCGCGUCCGCUGACAGCAGUCACGGCGAAGACACGGGCGGCUCAGAAGAAGCGCCUGAAUGGGAACCAGCAAAACUCGCCGCGCCCACGCCCGUCGUCAGUCGUCGUCCUCGUCGUCGCUGGUCUCGUCGUAAAGGCUCUCUGGACCUGAAGGUGGUGUCCAUGUCGGACCUGAGGCAGCUGGAGCCCUUCGCGCCCAACAAACCUGGCGACGCUCGCAGCGGCACGCCCGCCCGAGCCGAGCCCGCGCCGAGCCCGGAACGUCCCGACAAGAACCGCUUCCGUCAGCCCGUCAUCCGCUGCGAUUGGCUGUCGUCUGAAGCCGUGGAGGGUUCUGAUAGGGUGAGGCUGGGGGCGGCGGACAACGAAGAUGACGCCGAUCUACAAGACGGGUACACCAAGAAGCGUCAGGUCAUCGGCCAGAGCCAGGACAGCUGCAGCCCGGACAGCGCCUGCUCGCUAGGCUACGACAGCCGAGGAACCAGUCCCGAUGGCGUCCUGGACGACUCCGCAGACAACGCGUCGCUUAGCCUGGACAGCUCGGAGGACGAAGGCGAAGAAGCGGUAACGAAAGCGGAGGCGAUCCGUCUGGACGAGGCUCUGACCGGACGAGAAGAUUUCCUCAAGCGGAACUUUGAGACGCUGGCGGACGCCUGCAGCAAAACCGAGCCGAGCAGGGUCCCGAGGCUCAGCAUGUCCUCGCGCUUCCUGGCCAGAGGACAUCACAACAGGGGAGUGCCACCGUUUUCCAAAGCGCAGGCAAAGGAAGCAGGAGGCGGCCGAACCACGGAAGUCAAAACCCCCGUGUCCCCUAGCGCCACCCAGGGGCCAAAGCUCGUCACAGGCUCUGCAAUUAUCCCCAGAUCCCAAAAGAAGACCACGUCAGGGUCCCACCUUUGGAGGUUCUCCACGCCGCCCUCCAGACCGCCGCCACCCUACAAAACCGCCAGUCUGCACAAGUCCCAGUCCGCCCAGAACCUCACCUUAGCCUCUCCACGUUCUCCGCUGCCCUCUAGUGAUCGUAGGGAGUGGUGCAAGAGGCCCCAGUAUCUCCUCCUGGACCGAGACCCUAUCAAGCCCUCGUCCUCGCAAGUGUCCUCGCCCUCGCCGGGCUCGCCUCAGUCUCCUCGCUCCUACAUGAACCCCACGGCCAGCUCCAUGGCCAAAAGCAGCCGUUCGUCCUCAGUGGGCGAUGGCAUCCACCCCGGCCUCGACCUGUCGCCCUUCCGCAAGGCCCGGAGGUCCUGGGGGGAUCUGGACGUAGCGGAGACGUCUUGGCACACCCUCGUCGCCGUCCCGCCGACGCCCUCUCGCAUCCCUCAGCCCAAGCAGCCUCUCAGCCCUCGACGCAGCGUCUGCUCGGAGGUGAAAGGCAACGCCUUUUGUCCAGGAAGUCCAAUUAAAGCUUCUUCUCCCACCGUGGGUCCGGCGUGUGAUGUCUCACCCUACACAGGUUCAGCAGAGAAGAACAAAGUGAGCACAUAUGAAAGUCACCAAGCUGUAGGGCCACCGCCCGAAGAGCUCCCCCUGGUGGCGGAACAUCCCCUCACCCAUCCAGGUGUUCCUCCUCCUACCAACCUGUCGUUUACUUGCACUCCUUUUCCUUUUCUUCUACCACCUACUCCUCCUCUUCCUUUUCGUCGUCACUCCGCCUCGCGCUGGCCGCCGCUGGCUUGCGUGUCGCCGUCCGUGUCACCCGUGGCCUCCUGGCAGUGCCGCGUCGUUGAUACCGUCACUUUGGACGCGUGCAGGCAGGCUGCGAGUGAGCUCCGUUGCAGUCUGAGGCGAACCGCCACGCUGUACACAGAGCUGCUCCGCUGCCCUCCGGAGUGCGGCGAAGAAAGUCGUCAGGAGAUGGUGAAGGUGUUGUCCGAGGCGUUGGCGUCGGCCAAGGCGGAGCUUGACCCGCUGCCUGGCCCCUCGCUGUCCAAUGGCGCCCUCUGGGGCUCGGAGGCCAAAGGUGAGGGCGACAAAGCCCUGGCGCUGUUGGAGCAGUACGCAGAGCUUCUGGUAAAGUCCGUGGAGAGGAAGCUGGACGGCAAGAUGUGAAGCAAGAAGCCACUCGCUUAGUUUUCUUUUCAUAGCGCCAAUGGUUUUGCACGCAGACGUCAAGCAGUUGGCCUUAUUUUCUUCAAGAAAGUUGUCGCCUUGUCUGUUUUCUGCACGUUGAAAUUGUCUUUUGUAUAGGAGUACAUGUAUAGUAUCUAAGCUAACUAAAAUAAGAAGCGUAAUCCGAUAUUUGACCAUUAAAAAUGAAAAAAACUUGUAUGAAUGAACGAUUGUGUCUAUGUGCAUUGUACAUAUCAUGAACUCCAUGAAAUAAACAAACA